AUGGCCGAUGUGGUGAGACGGCCAUCGUCGCAAGCCGACAGCGGCUCAGGCUCGCGCUCCUACAGUCAAUCACCACAGAAGAAGAAUGGUCUACAUCGUUCCGAUUCGUUAUCUAGCCCAACCAAGAAAGCAUCGAUAUCCAACGGCCAACCCAAAAAGUCAUCCUCUGUCAGCUCGCUUCCAUCCUCGCCCUCGAAGGAAGAGAGGAAGAAGUUGGCCAAAGAGAUUCUUGCCUCUGGCGGUGACCAGCUUCGGCACACGCUCAAGCAGAGGGGAAUGCUACAUGCCCUCCUCUCAGAGCCGGUCAAGUUUAUUAAAUCGAACCAGAAGCAGGGUCAGGAUUAUACCACGCUAGGGUUGACCCCCGUCAAUGACCCUGAUUUUGCAGCUGUACAGAAACGCAAGCAAGAACAGAAGCAACAUGCGCUUUUGCUGCACACAGACUCGCCCAAAAUCAAUGGUAAUACCCAUACCUCAGACUCGGACCUGUCCGUAGAAGCACAGUCAUCGCCGUCCAAGAGCGGCAAGGCUAGGUCUCGCGAUCUGUACCCGUACAAGCUAUCCCUUCGUUUUCCGGGUAAAGUGCGUGGCGUAGCUACGGGUCUCUCCAACUACGGCAACACUUGUUACAUGAACAGUGUCAUGCAAUCUCUCAUCCAUACACCACCGCUCGCGUUUGCACUCCUCACACAGGACCUUGAUGCACUGCAUGGAGAAUUGGGAGGCAAACCAAACGUUGCCUUUGACGCUGUCGCAGCGAUGCAAACAUUUGCCAAGGGUUCCUUGAUGGGUUCAAAGCCGACAAACGCUCCCAGAGACUUCAACCGAAACCUCAAAGCAUUUGCAAGGCCGCUCCGUCAAGGAAGGCAAGAGGAUGCACAUGAAUACCUUCGCUUCCUGCUCGAAGCGCUCCAGCAGGGCUGCCUCUCACGUGCCUCCAAGUCACUUAAACCCGACGACCCCAUUCGUGCCACGUCCUUUGUGCAAAAGAUCUUUGGCGGCAAGCUGCGCAGCCGUGUGACGUGCCACAAGUGCGGCCACAACUCGGACACCUUUGACCCAUUUAUGGAUCUGAGUCUGGAUGUACGCAAGGGUAUCAACUCGCUCACUGACGCUUUCCGUGCCUUUGUUGCCAAGGAUCAGCUGACAGGCUCCGAGAAGUACAAGUGUGACAAGUGCAAGCGCAAAGUCGACGCUACCAAGCAAUUCACCAUCGAGACAGCCCCACCAGCGCUCACGGUGCAUCUUAAGCGCUUUUCUCCUUUCGGCGGAAAAAUCUCGCGUCAGGUUGCCUUUGACGAAAAGCUCAACAUCGCUCCUUACUUGUCGGUCAAUCACGGUCCUGUGAGGUACAAACUUUACGCUGUCGUGCACCACUACGGAUCAGGGCCGAACAGCGGUCAUUAUGUGGCUAGCGUUAGGUCUCCUUUCGGAAAGUGGACAAGGAUGGACGACAGUCACGUCUCCGAGAUGGGCAGCAGUGGACCACUUGGCGACCAAAGCGCCUAUAUUCUUUUCUAUCUCAAAGAGAAGGACGACGCGCUGGAGAAGGCCAUUGCGGCAGUAACUCCAGUCAAGUCUGGAAACAAGCGCAAAGCUGUGCAGGAGUCCGAGGUUGGAUCCGAUUCUGAAGAGGACGAUGGCGCUGCUAUUGCUACUGCUGCUGUCGCUGCUCUCCCGCCAACCAAGGUGCCAAGGAGUGCGUCCAACCCCGCCAACGAGGAUGUCAGUGACUCGGAAACGUCCUCAUCUCCACCGAAUCAAUUGAACGGAACGAGCGAGAAGCUUGAUCUGAUGCUUUCAUCUAGACCUACAUCAGCAGCCAGCUUUUACGGUAGCGCUGCUUCUUUCCGAGUAUCAUCUAAUCCCUUCACCGUGCGCUCUGCCGCAGCUUCUGGGCUAGAUGAAGAGCUUGGGACAGCAGUCGACAGAGACGAGUACGAGUCUCUUGUUGGUUCCAGCACUUCCGAUGUCAUCGCGGCAUCUGCGAGCGCAGCGCGUCGUCGAACAAAUGCAGAGGCAGACUCAGAAUCAGAAGAAGACUCGUUUGCCGCUCUGUCCAAAAAAGAAAAACGCAAGCACAAAAAAGCGGCGCAAGUGAUCCAUGCUGCCAAACACUCGCGAGGCAUUCCUGCCUCACCUUACGCUAGCGCAUUGACCUCGCUAAGCUCUCUUUCGGCUAAGGAGCAGAAGAAGAAGAAGAGUAAGAGGGACAGAGAUAGGCAGAAGCCGAUGGGUGGGUUUGCUGGUCGGAUGAAGCCGAAAUACUAG